AGUGUGUCACUGGGCCACGAGGCUCUUCAUCUGGUCACAUGGACACAUUUCGCGCCUCGUGCGGCGUAGGUGCACCAGCAUCAGCAAAACCGGGCGUCCUCUCGGAGCGCUUCAUAGCGACACACCGCGAGAGUGACAGCACAGGCGCACUUCAGCCUCUCAAGCUGACAAGAAACCGGUCUCAACAUCUAAAACAGAAUCUAAAUGGACAUUUCUUUCAGCUAAAACAACCGACAGUGCGCGUUUUUCCCGUUUUCCUGAAGAAUACAGUUUUAGAUUUCACUGUUCGUUUCCACACCUGUAUGACUGAAGCACACAUUGACUACAAUGGACUCGAACAACAACAACAACACCGGAGGGGUAAUCUCUUACAUCGGUUCAUGUGGAGGCUCUCCUAACCACAUCAGCCCAGUAUCCAUGUACAGCGAGAAUUCCAACAGCAGUCUGCAGUCACUGACACAGCCAUGCUUGGGUUCAUCUUUCCCACCUUCACCUAAUGGUUCCCAUGAUUCUUCACGUAUGUACACCAGCAGCAGUAGCUCCAGCAGUUCAGCAUUUGGUGACGAUGGGAGCUCAUCAAGCUCAGGAGGUUCCCCAAGGGGGCGUGAUGAAAGCAGCAUCACAUACAACUCACCAAACAAAUCAGUUGCUACUCUUACAAAGCUAAAUGGAAUGGUGCUACUCUGCAAAGUCUGUGGAGAUGUGGCAUCAGGCUUUCAUUAUGGUGUCCAUGCCUGUGAAGGCUGCAAGGGGUUCUUCCGUCGGAGCAUCCAGCAGAAUAUCCAGUACAAAAAGUGCCUGAAGAAUGAAACAUGUACUAUUAUGAGGAUUAACCGAAAUCGGUGUCAGCAGUGCCGUUUCAAGAAGUGUUUGUCUGUUGGCAUGUCUCGUGAUGCUGUCCGUUUUGGUCGCAUCCCGAAACGUGAAAAACAGCGCAUGCUAGCUGAGAUGCAGAGCGCUAUGAACAACAUGGUGAACAACCAGCUGCAGAAUGAAUUCCAACUGGCUUCUCUUAAAACCAGCACUUCAUUCUCUUCAUCAUCCUCAUCAUCUUCAUCUCCCUGCCCAGGUCUGACAGUGGCUUCUCAGCCACAGCCUUCUGCUGUGCCUGUAGCUCCUUCCCCCUCUCCCCCAGCCCCAGGAUCGCCUUCUCCUCAAAAUGCUCAGAGCUAUACUCAGAUUGCCACCUCUCCACCACUGUGCCCUAGUCCUGGCCUGGACAGCACCAUCACUGCAAUUACCAAAGCUCAUCGUGAGACCUUUGUCUAUGCUCAUGAUAAGUUAAGCGCAGCACUGCAGCCCCAAAAUGGGGAUGAUCUGGAUGGCCACAGCAGUAAUUGCUUUGCAUCUGGCUAUAAUAUGAAUAGCCACAAUUCAGUACAUCGAUCUAAUUCAGGCCUACAGUGCAAUGGUUUCCAAACAGAUAAUAAACAAGACCUUCAAUCCUCACCUUUAUCCAACCAGCAGCAUCAGAGGCUGCCACAACAAAACAAUACGCAGCACAUCCCCAAUAUUAAUUGGUAUGGGGCGCAGCAAGAUGUAAGAUGGAAGAACCGCAAGGAUAUAUUGCUGGCUUGUCCAAUGAAUAUGCACCCUCAGACAGAUAGUAACAAGACACCACAGGAGAUUUGGGAAGAUUUCUCCCUGAGCUUCACACCAGCUGUACGUGAGGUGGUGGAAUUUGCCAAGCAUAUCCCAGGUUUCAGCUCUCUGUCCCAAAAUGACCAGAUCACCUUGCUGAAAGCAGGAACUUUUGAGGUGCUGAUGGUACGUUUUGCAUCCUUGUUCAAUGUCAAGGAGAAGACUGUCACAUUUAUUUCUGGCACCACCUACAGCCUAGAAGCUUUGAAGAACAUGGGAAUGGGAGCCCUGUUGGGAACCAUGUUCGACUUCAGUGAGAAACUCAGUGAACUAGAGCUCUCUGCAGAGGAACUAGGUCUUUUUACUGCUGUGGUGCUGGUUUCUACAGAUCGCUCUGGUAUAAAAAAUGUGAAGUCAGUGGAGAUGCUCCAGGACAGCCUGAUUAAAGCCCUUCGCACAUUGGUCAGCAAGAACGCCCCUGGUGACGUCUCUCGUUUCACUAAGCUACUGCUCAAACUGCCAGAUCUGCGCACACUUAACAGCAUGCACUCCGAAAAGCUUCUCUCUUUUCGCAUCGAUGCAUGAGAAUCCUUUGGUAGCUAAUACCACAAACCAGCUGAGUCUAUGGGAGUGGUCUCUACUGGAGGGUUUAAUUGAAGGCUUCAAAUUUACCAUUGCUGCUCCACCAGCAUAUGCCCUGCUCUGAUGGUGCUCAAAGACUUGAACAAUGACAACAGGCUCAUAGGGACGCACAAGCAGUAAAUGCAUCAGAAUGGUGUCAAGGCCAUAUUUUUUUAUGUCACAUCACAGCACCAAUGUCCCUGGUUUGAUUCAGAACUCAGUUUACUGUCUGUGUGGAGUUUUGCAUGUUCUCCUAAUGUCUGUGGGUUUCCUCCUACCUCCCAAAAACAUGCUGAUGUAAAUGGUGCCCAUCCCAUCCAAGGUGUGUUCCUGCCUCAUGUUUAACAUUCUGAGGAUGGGCUCCAGAUCCACUGCAACCCUGACCCGGAUAAAGCAGUUACUGAAGAUGAAGGAAUUAACAUACAAUCUGUAUUUGAUUUCAUUCUUGCUUUUAUCUCUAUACAUAACCGGGGGUUAGGUGAUUAUAUUGUACAGUCUCUACUUACAGACAGGCUCUUUGCUGUUUUUUAAAUACUGUUUUUCAAAUACUGUUUUUUUAGAUGCAUCACGGUACUUUUCUUCCUUAUACCAGCCUGAUGUCUGAGAACUGUUUUUAUACUUACCUUUUAUCUGAUAACAGAGAGAGCCAAACUCUAACAUUGAGCAUGCAAGGGAUAAAUGGAGCCAAAACCUCAAACAAUCUGGCAUUACCAAGUGCUGGAAUCAAUCAUAGCCAGAGAGCUGGGACAAAGGAUAGAGGCAGAUAGAACAGAACAAAACUUUCUAAGUGCAGUGUGAAUUGAGUACCACAAAGAGGCUACGAGAGACACAACACAUCCACCAAUUAAAAAAUGGACCAGAUCAAGAGAAAAAUAAGUCAUGCAAGGGACCUCAUCCCACCUCUGCUUAAGUCCAUGUAACUUUGUAAAAAUAUGUAAAUGUGAAUCUAUACUUAUUUGAAAUGUUCCAAAAUGUAUAUAUUGUAUACAUAAAUAUAUUUUUUGUAAAGUGUAACUGCUCAAUACAAAGUUAUAUAUGAUAUAAAUGUAUAAGUGUAGUCAGAUCUCAUUUACAGCAUAAAGACUUACUCUGAAACAUUUUA